CACGUGUUUAUCGGCGUGGGGAGGGGCGGUGAGAAACGCGGGGGGCGCGAUCUUUCGUCCCGCGCCGCGAUGUUUGCCGGUUUCUCGUUCUUUGUGUCUUCACAUUCGUGCCAUUGAGUUACGCGAUAAAGGACGACGUUGUACACACUUUUUUCUUCAACGUGCAUUUUUUUUGCCCUCUUCGUUUUCUACCCUCCUUUUUUCCGUCCGCAGCAACGCACGUUUCUUCAAAUUAGUGCAAAUAAACCUCAAUUAACAUAUUUUUCGAACGUAUUCGUGCAUGACAUUCCCUAUCAUUGUUUCUCAUAUACGAGAUGGAUAUUUCUCCGAGAAAAUCACUGAAAAGAUCGCCGCCCGAUCCCGUUGACGAUUGGCUUCACAACGAGGGAUACGUUAGGAAACAAGUUCCUCGCGAUCCUACAUGCCUUUUUCGCACUUUUGCCGAACAAAUUUAUUCCACCCAAUAUCAUCAUAUUCGCGUUAGACGAGAAUGUGUCGAUUAUAUGCGGAACAAUAGCCAUUUGUUCGAACCGUCAAUAAAUUCAUUGGAUUGCUACCUGGACCAAAUGGCAUGUUUCACCGAAUGGGGUGGGCCCGAUGAGAUCAAAGCCAUGUCUCUUCUUUAUAAAAAAGAAGUAAUCAUGUUUGACGGCGUGAAAAUGGUCAGUAAACCCAUCACUGACAAUGGCUUUGAAGAGACAGUUCUUCUCUGUCAUACACCACCGAAACAGUACGACAGUGUUUACCGCAAAGAUUUUGUCGCUAGCGCUGCUUUCUGCCAGUCUCUUGUGUAUCAGACUCUGUAUAAGGAUGUUUUCAAAAUGCCAAACAUAGAAGAAACGGUGAAAAACAUGCUGCACGAUCGCUCGGUCAACCUACGACACGACAAAUUUUUCCUCAAGGGAAAUGUGGACAUGAGAGAGAAGUUGACGACGGAAUUGUUAAGCAAAAUUGAAAAAGGAGCAGAAACGAGUGAGGAGGACAAGUCAUUUGCUCGUGGCAUCACGCCUUUCCCUUACCGAGUUGCCAAAGCCCUCGAUCCCAGUAUUUAUCGUAACACUGACGUUGACAUAUGGCACGAGCUUCGAAGAGAAGUAAGAAAUGGCGGCUGGACACGAUGGAACGUCACGGAACUUCAAGUAGGAGGAAAAUGCCUGGUACAGGUUGAUUACAAGGACAAAGAAUCGGACAACUCGAAUAACAAUAAUAAUCUGUCACGUACGAGCAACGCUAAGGACGACAACGGGAACGCGUCCAAGGACUCCACUAAAAAUUGUUCGGUUAAGCGCGAUCCUGUACUGCUCUUUGGCCACAUUCAGGAAAUGAGCAAAGAUGAGGGACCCGUCGUCGUUUUUAUUGAGGAACUCGGUGAAAAGCGAACCUUGCCAUUUGCUGCUCUAAAGCCCAUUGGCCCGAGACGCAACAAGCAAAUCAAUUGGCUUUCGAACUACCGAAGAAAUCCGACUUUCGAUACGCAUCAUAAAUGGAAAAAAACGUGGAAUUCGAGUAACAGAAAAUCGAAAGAAACGAGUUACCCGACGAAAAAUCCCGUGGACCGGAACAACAAUAGCAACGACAAUAAAACUGACACCGUCGCGAAAACUAAAGAGCCCGAAAAAGCCGAGAACUGGGAGGACGAGUCCGGUAAUAAAACGAAGAAAAAUGGAGUGACUAAUUAUUCCAUGGAGACUUACAAUUCCUGCCAAGGUUUUCCCAUUGAGACGUCGAUCGACGUGAGACCAGUGACGGUUGUGCUGGACAAUCCUCAGCCGAAUUCCCCAGCACCUCCACCGGCUCCAGUGGCUAAUAAAGUUGAGGAUUACUCGAAAAAAUCGUCGCAAACUCUGAAGAAUGGAACGAGGAAUGAAAAUCCGGAGAGAGAAUCGCCCAACGCUGGAUCCCUUCCGCCCGAAUCGAUCAUUCAACCCCUUCACCAAGUUUCAUUGCAUUCGGCCAGUGAGGCUUUCUAUCCUGGUCAUUCCGCGAUGCAGCCGAUGUACAAGUCGAAUCAAAACGUGAUAUGCACCUCACCGGAAAUGAAUAAUUACGCGUUUCCCUGCUUCGCGGACGAACCACCCACGCCGGGCAGCCUUUUGGACCGGACGAUUCGCGCUAUCAAUUUGGCAGUUCCUUCAAGCGUUGACGCGAACGGCAGCGAUUUGCCAUACUCUGAUCCUGUCACGCUCCGAUUCUUCUACAAUCUUGGCCUCGAGUAUUUUCGAGCGGCUCACGCGAUGAGCCACCCCCAAAAUCUUCAGGCGCCGUCUUACCCGCCAGUUUUCGUGCCGCACGGAAAUUACAUCAGUCCAAAUGCGCCGAGCGAGGUGCGGGAGCAAGCUUCGAUGGGGAACGAGGAGGAGAAUCAGCGUCAAGUCGCGCACAGCGCUCCGCGAGGGAAUUUCAUACCGCCGCGUCGACGAAACCAAGAAAAUCCGGCGAACCAUGCAAAAUUCAACAACAGAGAGGGGCACCUCAACAAGAAUUUCAAUCGCAGAAACGACACCGGCGACUAUGGCAGCGUUAUGAAAAGUCAUAACAGCAACGACAUCAGUAACGAUCCCUCAAAGAGAACGAAUCUCGAUAACAACCGAUCGCAAAUUCAUUCUGCCAACGAUCGAUCCAGGGAAAAUUCCAAUCAAAAAAAGAAUCAUCCCUGCACGAGAUACAGGAAAAAUGUCGACACUCGUAAUCGCACUUACGCACCGCCACCAAUGUAUCAUCAAGAGAAUUACCAGAGCCCGAUGAAUUACGUACCGAAUCAGCCCUCGAAUUUCGAGGCUCAAUCUUUCCAGGCGAAAAAUUCCGAGUCGAUCCAGCAGCAGCCACAGCAGCAGCAGCAGCAGCAGCAGCAUGGAAAUCCCGGAGUUUGGCAGCCGCCUCCGCAGUCAGCGGGGCCUCCGGGCGGCGGCGGUGCGCCGCAGCCUCUGAAUUAUUCAGCGCCUUACGCUGCGGGACCGAUUUACACGACAGCGAUGCCGUGUUACUCGAACGAGUCUGAAGGGUUCUUCGCUCCGGGGACGACUUUCUACCCGUCGAUUCCCUUCGUCCCGGCUCCGGCUCCGAACGAAAUUCCGCUGGACGGGAGUCCCGUCAAUUCCUUCAAUCCCGUCUCCCAGGCUUAUCCAACCAUCUCAGAAAAUUAUCCUCCACACCCUCCGAUCUCGAAUCUCUACCCGCCUUAUCUUUACCCCCAGCAAACCAUGUACUCCGGCAUCCCGAACCAAGCGAACAACCCUCAGGACAACUGGUUCCCUGUCCCCGGUGGACAGCCCCAUUACGUUCAGUACCCCCACGUCCAAAAUCCCCAAACUCCACCGUCCAACGUCAACGCUUCCGCGUCCCCUUAAAAGUCGAGAAAACUUGCGGGUAAGAACUUUCGAUUAUUGAUUCACUGGAACUUGCAUUUCGGAGUUUCGAACUCGGAAUUUUUGCGGCACCAAAGUCUUAAGACUCUUUGCUCCAAGUUUCGAGCCAAAUCCCGGAGUCAGUCUCUAUUUUCGAUUUUUCAUUGUCAACUAAUUCGUUAAUCAAAUUUUCAUUGAAAUUCUGUUGAACGUGUAAUUAGUCUUGGGAAAAAUUCAAUGGCAAUCGAUUUUUGAUCGAUUACAAAUUGUCACUAAAACUGAAAUGGUCGUGCUACGAUGAAUUUUCAUACUCCAAAGUGCAUUUUCCUCGCUUUGCUCGAUUUCUUGGAAACAGAGUUCAAUUGUACCCGAAAAAUCGUCUUCCCCAUAAAACUGUUACUCCCUGACAUUCCGUUCGAAAAAUCGCUUCAAAUUUGGGCAGAAAAUAAAAUUUCCUGUGAAGUUUGAAGAAUUCCAAAAUCACAAAAGUUCCAAAAUCGUUUACUUUCAAUUAUAAAUUCAAUUAGACUUUCAAUGAAUUAAUUAUUUGCAAAGUUCGCCAAGUUUUUCUCCGGAAGGUGUCCACGUUACGCAGGAAUUCGGAGAUUGGACAUUUUUCUUCUAUUCGUGAAAUUCCAUCGAAUCUUGAGACUUCGAAUGAGUCCAGUUAGUGAGAUAAGAGAGAAUAUUAAAAAAAUAUUUUUCAUAUACUUCGCGUUGUAAAGAGAGUGGAAAAUGAAUGAAAAACCCAGUGAGAUAAUAUUUCGAUAUCGACUGUUCUAAAAAAAAAUGACUCGAGCUCCAGUUUCAGCGUCAGAUUUUCCUACCACAAGUGACUAUUUUUCCUUAUCGUUGCCUUUUUUCUCUUCAUUCGUUUUCCAUUCCUGAACAGUCAUAUUUUUCGCUUUAUUUUUUUUCUUUUCAAAUGAAAUAUUCAAUAAUUAAUGUAUUGCGAGCUCUUUCGACCUUAAUAAAACAAAAUGCUUAUUUUUUUCAAUUUCCUAAA